AUGAUUUUUUUUUCAAGUCUAUAUACAUGUAAUAACUCUGGCGAACAAAGAAGAAGUCAGAGAAACGUGUUUAUCGAUUCAUUCUAUCCAAAAGAGAACUUUCAGCUAGACGAUGGCAUUUGGAAUACUGAGAUUGUUGAUUUGUUCAUCCAUGAACAGAAAGGAAAGCAAUACGUGUUUAUAUUCUCGGUAAUAGAAGCGCUUGUACAUCUACUGUCAUUUGUUUCGUUUAUAGUUAACACAAUUGUAAUAAAAGACUGUAAUGUUAUAUGGCUAUUUUUUGCGUAUUCAACAAAACCAGAACUUAAGCUUUCGGUUUAUAUGUGCACCCCCCAGAAAAGGUUGUCAGUUGAUCCCAUAUUUGUAUUAUAA